AUGAGGGACGGAAUGAAACCUUGCCAACACACUAUAUCAGACGAUGUGAUAUACAAAGAAGUAGUCGUUAUCGGCAAUGGACCAAGCGGCAUGGUCACAUCGUUCAUGCUCGCUGGAAAUAUACCCUACUUAAAAGAAGUGCCGGAAUCUUUGCCAAUAGAUGAAAUGCUCAAAGCCAGAUUACAAAAUGUACCACCUGGACAGAAUUUGUUGGAGAUUGAUCUCAUGGAACUAGCAGAGGGUCUGGAGGGAAGGAGUCAGAAUCCAAUACCAUUAUUAGUUGAUACAUUACUCCGACCAGGUGCAGAUUUAGGUGUAGAAGAAGAUUCGUUGAUUGAAUGGAGAUACGAUGUGGAAAAACAGAUCGAGCACAUAGUGCUGGGCAAGGGCCCGCCGGGCGGCGCUUGGCACACGUUCCCGGGCAGCGUGCGCUCACUGUCGCCGGGCGCGUGGCUGUGCCUGCCGCCGCACGCGGACGGCGCGCGCGGCCGCGUGCCCGCGCGCGCCGUCGCCGCCUACUGCCGCCGCUACGUGCACGCCUGCGGGAUACAGAGGUUCUUCCGGUGUGGCGUGACGGUGAGCUCGGUGCGUCGCGCGCCGCGGCCGCCGGCGCCGCCGUGCCGCGCCGCCUGCCCCCGGAACGCCGCCUUCUUGGUGUCCGGCUACGACAAGAGUGCGUCCCGCGGGUUCACGUACGCGUGCCGGCGCGUGGUGCUAGCGGCGGGCGCGGGCGACCGCCCCAACACGCUGCCCGCCGCGCCCGCCGCGCCCGCGUUGAGCGCGCGCGACCUGCACGCCGUCGAGCGCGCCGUGCGCGUGCUCGCGGCGCGGCGGACGCGCGGCGACUGCGAUGAUGCGGGCCGCACGGUGCUGGUGGUGGGGUCGGGCGUGUCGGCGGCGGACGCGGUGCGGCUGGCGCGCGGCGCCGGCCUGCGCGUGCGCCACCUGCACCGCGCCGCCGCCGCCGCGCUCGCGCGCCUCGCGCCCAACCACUACGCCGAGUACUGCCAGGUAUACAAAAUGAUGAUGGACGGACCCACCGGCAACCACCCUGACUACACGCCCUACCCCGAGCACGCGGUCCUCGACAUCACCCCCAUCUCACCCCACGAGACCACCCCAUCCCCCAAACUCCGCGACGAAAUAGACGACGAGACCCUAACCCUGAAAAAAGUCAAACUGCUAAACCUCAUCACAAACGAAACAGUCGAAAUAACGGUCACACUCAUAGCUGUUCUUAUAGGUUCCAAACCAGAUUUGUUCUUUUUACAAACAAAUUUCGAUAUAAGUUUAAAUCAAAAAUGCAUAAAAUGUUUGGAAAAACGAAACGAAAAUCAAAAGCAAUGGUUUCUUCAACAUCACUGGCAUUAUCUAAAGACUGUUCUAGAACAAAGCAUACAAACGUGCAAGUCUAAAUAUUUGAACUACGAAUUAAAUGGGAGUGAGACCAAAUGUUUACCAGAUUGUAAUAAGGAAGAUGCGUGCGAUUGUGACAAUCCCUACAGCGACGGGAUAGGGUUCGGGGUGGACCCGGACAGGCCGGUGGACGGACGGAGCAAUCCCGUGGCGAUAGACAAGAGCACCCACGAGGUCCUGAACGGUCCCGCGGGAUUGUACGCGAUGGGUCCCCUCACUGCGGACAACUUCAUGCGGUUCAUCCCGGGCGGGGCGAUGGCUAUCGUCUCCCACAUACACAAACAAAAGGAUAAC